AUGCAUCGACUUUUUGCUGAGCUGGAGCCAUCUGUAACCGUCACCGAGCAAAACAUGGCAGACCGAGUUCGGUAUAUCUUGCGCUCAAAUACUUUUGAUGUCACCGAACUCGAACGGCUAAGAAGUGAGGCUGUUCCUUCAUCGAGUGAAAAUGCUGCGGCUGAGGAUGCGGCGCCACAACUUGCUGAGAAAACGGCAAACGUGGAUUCCGCCGUGAAUACCCCAGUUGUGGUUGACGAUGAUAGAACAGUCGCCCAGGAACUGGAACUAGAGCAAAUGAGGAGUAGAUUGGAAGAGGCGAUUGUGGAAACGCACAGUACGCCUCUCGAAAAUCGACCGUGA